CGUCAAUUUCCUUUAUUUAUCCUGUCCUCGACGAUUCUCAACCUCUCAUUUUGCUCUCGCUCGACAUUUCUGUUUCCAAACGUCUUCCGGCAGUUCUGACACCACUCAUCAUCAUCUUAUCUCUCAAGCCCAAGGAGCUAUGGUGGAGGACAACAUCUACACAAUACGAAGGCGCCUGGCAUCUGUCGCUGGCCACCUUGCUCCAAUGAUGUGUUGUGCCCCGACCCACGGUGGCUUUGUCGGGCUGCGUGCAUGCUUUGCUUCGACGAAUGACAGUUAUCAUCGGAUACACGGUGAGGCUUCCACCGACGUGCCCGUUUGGAGAGCCAUUGUUGGCGAUGAGAAUGGGAAGGAGUUCACGGAUAUUAUCUAUGAGAAAGCUGUUGGAGAAGCCAUUGCGAAGAUCACAAUCAAUAGGCCAGAGCGUAGAAAUGCUUUUCGGCCACAAACAGUUAAGGAGCUUAUGUAUGCAUUUAAUGAUGCCAGAGAUGAUGGUUCUAUUGGAGUGAUCAUUCUUACUGGAAAGGGAACCGAGGCAUUUUCCAGUGGUGGUGACCAAGCACUGAGAAACAAAGAUGGCUAUGCUGAUUAUGAGAAUUUUGGUCGCCUAAAUGUUCUAGAUUUACAGGUACAGAUUCGACGUCUUCCCAAACCUGUUAUUGCAAUGGUUGCAGGUUAUGCUGUGGGUGGAGGACAUGUAUUGCAUAUGGUCUGUGAUCUUACAGUUGCAGCAGAAAAUGCUAUUUUUGGUCAGACGGGUCCAAAGGUGGGAAGCUUUGAUGCUGGUUAUGGAAGUUCCAUAAUGUCUCGUUUGGUUGGGCCUAAAAAGGCACGUGAAAUGUGGUUUCUGGCAAGGUUCUACACAGCUGCCGAAGCAGAAAAAAUGGGACUUGUCAACACAGUUGUCCCACUAGAGAAUUUGGAAAAAGAAACAGUCAAGUGGUGUCGAGAAAUCCUAAGAAACAGCCCAACUGCCAUUCGGGUUCUUAAAUCUUCUCUUAAUGCCGUUGAUGAUGGGCAUGCGGGGCUCCAGGAACUGGGAGGAAAUGCCACUCUCAUAUUUUAUGGAAGCGAGGAAGGUAACGAGGGGAAGACAGCGUAUAUAGAGCGUAGACGCCCUGAUUUCUCUAAAUUCCCGCGGCUACCUUAAUUAUCAUGAAGUAAUAUGGCAUCGGUGAAUUAAGUUAGGUGCUUUCAUUAGAGGCGCAAGUAUGAUCUCUUCAAUGCAGUUCUAGUGUAAUCUGUUUGUUUCUACCUUAUUGUUUUCUUAAUUUCGCUUGCUAUUUCCUUUGUUGAGGACUGAACUAGUUGCUAUAUUGAGUGGUAAUAACAAGUUCAUUUCUGAUGGA